ACGCCGCUCCCAUCACCACCACUGAACGGGAGAGAAGGACGGCGAAAGGGGUCGACCGUCACAUUUCCAGGCAGGCAGAGGCUUGGACGGGGGGUGAAUGUGAUGUACUAAGCAAGGAUCUUUUCUUUUGGCUUCCACUGACUCCCAGUUCUUUGGGGAACAAGAAGAAGAUACAACACUUGUGUUUGGAUAAGACUCCUGGAAGAUUUCUUGAGCGGGAUUCUCUUCCCAUCUAACCAUGGAGAACGCUCACACCAAGAGUGUGGAAGAAGUUUAUAGUUAUUUGAGCGUCAACGAGAGCACGGGACUGACUUUAGACCAGGUGAAACGGCAGAGAGAGAAAUGGGGUCCCAACGAGUUGCCUGCUGAGGAAGGAAAAUCUAUAUGGGAACUUGUCUUUGAGCAGUUUGAAGAUUUACUUGUGCGGAUUCUUCUUCUGGCAGCUUGUAUAUCUUUUGUAUUAGCCUGGUUCGAGGAGGGAGAGGAAACAAUCACUGCCUUCGUGGAGCCUUUUGUAAUCUUACUGAUUCUUAUAGCUAAUGCCAUCGUAGGUGUUUGGCAGGAACGUAAUGCAGAAAAUGCCAUUGAAGCCCUUAAGGAGUACGAGCCAGAGAUGGGCAAGGUGUACCGUCAGGACAGGAAGGCCGUCCAGAGGAUCAAAGCCAAAGAAAUUGUGCCUGGAGACAUUGUGGAGGUCGCUGUGGGCGACAAGGUACCUGCCGAUAUACGUAUCUGUGCCAUUAAGUCCACCACGCUCAGAGUGGACCAGUCUAUUCUGACAGGCGAGUCUGUCUCUGUCAUUAAGCACACCGACCCCGUGCCAGAUCCCCGUGCCGUCAAUCAGGACAAGAAGAACAUGUUAUUCUCCGGAACCAACAUUGCUGCGGGAAAAGCCGUAGGUGUGGUGGUGGCCACAGGUGUGAACACAGAGAUCGGUAAAAUCCGUGACGAGAUGGCCUCCACUGAGCAGGAGAAGACGCCCCUGCAGCAGAAGCUGGAUGAGUUCGGUGAGCAGCUCUCCAAAGUUAUCUCUCUCAUCUGCAUUGCCGUGUGGAUCAUCAACAUCGGCCACUUCAACGACCCCGUCCAUGGCGGCUCCUGGAUCCGUGGAGCCGUUUACUACUUCAAGAUUGCCGUUGCUCUGGCCGUGGCCGCCAUCCCUGAAGGUCUUCCUGCUGUCAUCACCACCUGCCUGGCUCUCGGCACCCGCCGUAUGGCCAAGAAAAACGCCAUCGUCCGCUCUCUGCCCUCUGUGGAGACGCUGGGUUGCACUUCCGUCAUCUGCUCUGACAAAACCGGCACCCUCACCACCAACCAGAUGUCUGUCUGCAGGAUGUUCAUCAUAGACAAGGCUGAGGGAGAUAACUGCUCACUGACUGAAUUCACCAUAUCUGGCUCCACAUACGCUCCUGAAGGAGAUGUAUUCCUUGAUAACAGAGUAGUGAAAAGCUCCCAGUAUGACGGGUUGGUGGAGCUGGCGACCAUCUGUGCCUUGUGUAAUGAUUCCUCCCUGGAUUAUAAUGAGGUAUGUUUACUAAUUCUAAUGGUUAUCCACUGUGGAAAGAAACCUACUAACGUUUUUCUUUUCUUUUUUCUUUUUUCCCUUAACUUCCCUCUCCUCCCCACCUGCCAGUCGGAUCUGACCUUCGUGGGCUGCGUGGGCAUGCUGGAUCCUCCUCGUACGGAAGUAGCCGCUUCCAUCAAGCUCUGCCGCCACGCCGGCAUCCGGGUCAUCAUGAUCACCGGCGACAACAAGGGCACGGCUGUGGCCAUCUGCAGACGCAUCGGCAUCUUCUCAGAGGAAGAUGAUGUCAACCGCAUGGCCUUCACCGGCCGUGAAUUCGACGACCUUUCACCUCACGCCCAGCGUGAAGCCGUCAUGACUGCCCGCUGCUUUGCACGUGUCGAGCCUUCACACAAGUCCAAGAUUGUGGAGUUCCUGCAGGGCUUUGACGAGAUCACUGCCAUGACAGGAGAUGGCGUGAACGAUGCCCCUGCCCUGAAGAAGGCAGAGAUUGGCAUCGCCAUGGGCUCUGGCACUGCCGUGGCCAAGACAGCCUCGGAGAUGGUUCUCGCUGAUGACAACUUUUCCACCAUUGUGGCCGCCGUUGAGGAAGGCAGAGCUAUCUACAACAACAUGAAGCAGUUCAUCCGCUACCUCAUCUCCUCCAACGUGGGCGAGGUCGUCUGUAUCUUCCUCACUGCUGCGUUGGGUUUCCCUGAGGCCCUAAUUCCCGUCCAGCUGCUGUGGGUGAACCUGGUGACUGAUGGUCUUCCCGCCACCGCUCUGGGCUUCAACCCUCCUGACCUGGACAUCAUGAACAAGCCCCCCCGCAACGCCAAGGAGCCGCUCAUCUCUGGAUGGCUCUUUUUCAGAUACUUGGCCAUCGGCUGUUAUGUGGGUGCUGCGACUGUAGGAGCUGCAGCCUGGUGGUUCAUUUCUGCUGAUGAUGGUCCAAUGAUCACAUUUUACCAGCUGAAUCAUUUCCUGCAGUGUUCUCCUGAUAAUCCUGACUUCCAGGAUCUGGAUUGCCACGUGUUCGAGUCUCCCUACCCCAUGACCAUGGCCCUGUCUGUGCUGGUCACCAUCGAGAUGUGUAACGCCCUCAACAGUCUGUCAGAGAAUCAGUCUCUGCUGCGCAUGCCUCCCUGGGAGAACAUCUGGCUGCUGGGAGCCAUCUGCCUCUCCAUGUCUCUGCAUUUCCUCAUCCUCUACGUAGACCCGCUGCCGGUCAUCUUCCAGAUCACCGCUCUGAACGUGACCCAGUGGCUGAUAGUGCUGAAGAUCUCGUUGCCUGUCAUCCUCCUGGACGAGCUGCUCAAAUUCAUCGCAAGGAACUACCUGGAUCCCGCUCGGGAUGAUUAAGCCGAUCCGCUCUCUGUAUUCCUUGCAGAAGCUGUGAGGUUUUUGUGACUUUAGUGCAUGUUGUUUUCAGCAGCUCCACACAUCUUUCUAGGCCUGCAUGUCAACUGUGCUAAAAAACCCAAGCAUUUGCGUCAUUAGUUUAGAAGCUCAAGCAUUAGGAGUGGAAAAAAAUGAUUUGAGACCCAGUGAAAUUUGAAAAUACUCUUAAAAUGUAACAUUACAGCAGUUUUCAUGGUGCAUGUCCCCUUAUGUUAGAAACUUUUGUAUAGCACUGCAAUAUUUGAAAAGAAAAGUAAUUAGUGAAAAAACUGAUUGUUAUUGUUGCUUUGCACAGGGAUGUGCAAUAUGUUUUAAAGCAGGUGUUAGGUAUGUGUGUGUGUGACAUUGAGAGACAGGCGGUCUUUUCCAGCAGUUGCCAUGGAAAUGGAGGGCGGGUGCUGCCGAAUCAGUGUUGUAAUUAUCACAAUGACUUGUGGUUAAUAAAAUGAUGUUACAUGGUU